AUGGCCUCAGCUCGAAAUCUUUGUCAACAUUCAGAUAUUGAUGGUACUCAAUGUACAUCAAAUGAUUAUAUACUGUGUCCACAUUGUCAAUUACAAUUGUGCCUUAAACAUUUGAAUCACCAUCAAGAUUUACUUCGCUCGGAUUUGUACGUUUUAUCUGAUAAUAUCAAUCACGUUCGUUUUAAUCUUGAUAACUUAAUAUUUGAUUCAACGAAUCAUCGUUCACAAUUAUUUCAAAAAUUAGAUGAUUGGUAUCAUGAAAGAAUUAAUGCUAUAAAUAAGAUUUAUGCUGAAAAAAAGCAACAAUUACAAAUUUUAUGCUUACAAGCACAUAUAGAAUUCGACACAUAUAAAACAAAAAAAGAUAAACAAUUGAAAACUAAUUUAAUGAAACAAUUAUCAAAAGUAUUCAAACAAAAACAAAUAAACAUUGAUGAUUUAGAUGAAAUGAGAAACAAAUUAAAUGAUGUCGAACGAGGUUUAGAUGAACUUAAGCGAUUACUUAUUGACAUUUAUCCCGAUCAAGCAACAACGGAUAUUCACAUAAUUAAAAGACGUUAUGUCGAAGCAGCAAAGUCCACGUUUAACGAUGAUGACAAUGGCAAUAUAUGGGAUACUGAAGAUGAAGAGGAAUUUGACGAUAAAACAAAUUCAUCCGCUGAUAUUCUAAAGCUUGAAGAGUUGUCAAAUCCUUCUCAACAUUCAUCUUCAUCUGAUAUUAUUUCCUUAUCGACAUUUUCAUCAAUAUCUUCUCCGCCUAUGAUUUCGUCUUAUCCAUCAUCAACUACAAUCCUAAAGAAAGCACCACUUAAAUUUAUUAUCAAACGUUUACAACAGCCACCAACUUCGACUAAAAUCAAGUACGAAUUACGUACAGUAGCUACAGCAUCAGCACUAAGAACAUGA